GCCACUAGCGGUGAGGAAAAUCAGUUAUAAAGUCGCCACUCUGGCCUAAAACCCAGGCCAAUGUUCUAUUAGUCGGAACUUCCCGAUCCUUACUCCUUGUGUUCUUGAUUGAUACCCACAGCUCUUCGAACGAAAAGUCCUAGUUGAGAACCAUAGUUGAGAAUGGGAGCUAGGUUAAGAAUAGAGAGUUUACGGGUAUUGCGAGGUUAGUAGCUAACCCCAUUGGGGGCAAGGUAAACCGAUUCCAAGGCAAUCGGUUCUGCGCGAGAUGCACACAGUGGGUGGAUGUAUAGAUCUCACACACGACUAUUGUGCUCGCCACUAGUGGCAAGGGAAAUCGGUUAUAAAGUCGCCACUCUGGCCUAAAUCCCAGGCCAACGUUUUAUUAGUCAUAACUGGCCAAUCCCUGCUCCUAGUGUUCUUAAUUGAUACCCACGGCUCUUUGAAUGGAAAAGCCUUGGUGAGAACCAUCCUUGAGGAUGGGUCAUGGGUGCUAGGUUAAGAAUAGAGAGUUCACGGGUAUCGCAAGGUUGGCAUCCAGCCCUAUUGGUGGCGAGGUAAAUCCGUCCUGCGCGUGAGAUGCACGCUGUGGCUGGGUGCGUGGAUCUCACUCAAGACUGUUGCACUCGUGACUAGUGGCGAGGGAAAUCGACUAUAAAACACAGGCCAUUGUUUUAUUAGUCAGAACCGGCCGAUCUCCGACGCCACCGCGUGCAUCUCAAUCGACCGUUGCGCUCGCCGCUGGUGGCGAGGGAAAUCGGCUAUAAAGUCGCCGCUCUGGCCCGAAACACCGGCCAACGUUUUUAUCAGUCAGAACCGGCCGUCCCUGGCGUUCUUGAUUGAUACCGACGGCUCUUCGAACGGAAAGGCCUUGUUGAGUGGAGCGAGCGAGCGGAGGAGAGUCUUGAGUCCGAUUGUCUUGUUCUUUGGAGGAUGCAGGGGAACGAGAUGAGCGUGGCGUUCGAGAACCGGGUGUUCAACCGGCGGUCGGGGCUGGGCGGCGGGCGGAUGGGGUGCACCCUCGUUACCGGCUUCCUCGGCAGCGGCAAGACCACCCUCCUCCGCCACCUCCUCCACCACCGUGGCGACCUCCGCCUCGCCGUCCUCGUCAACGAGUUCGCCGACUCCGACGUCGACUCUCUCCUCCUCGACUCCGCCCGCCUCAACUCCGCCUUUAACCUCUCCACCGUCGCCCUCACCCAGGGUUGUGGUUUUGGCGAUGUGAAUGGACCGUUCAGAGAAUCUGUCCACAGGAUUGUCGAUAGCAAGCACAACUUCGAUUGUCUUCUCCUCGAGACAUCUGGUUUGGCAAAUCCGGACAAGUUUGUAGCGGAGCUGGAGGAAGUUGGCAUAAACUUGGAUCUCACUGUUGCGGUGGUUGAUGCUGAAUCUAUCGAUAAGAUUAUAAACCUUGACAUUGUAAGGAAGCAGUUGCAGCAUGUGGAUAUUGUCUUGUUGAACAAAUGUGAUUUGGCUAGCCUCAGUCAGAUAUCUGAUGCUGAAGACCUUUUGGAAGGAUUAACAGGUGGUGCCAAGGUUGUUCGCACACAGUUUUGUAGGGUCCCUCUGGAUCUUGUGAUCGAUUGUACUAAAAUUGAAGCUUUAAAUGUGGUGAAGGAAGUUAGCAGUGUGCCAGCAGUACUUUCCCAUGAAUCUUUGCCUAAGAUGGCAUUCCGAGGAGAUAUGUAUGCUAAUACCUCAGCAACCAUCUCAUCUAUCAGCCAUUCUGAUGACCAGCCUGAAGCAGUUGGUGAUAGAUCGAAGUCUGAUGAUUUGCAAGCUGGUUUACCGCAGGGGGUAUCUUUUUCAUCUGUUACUUUUGAAUGUGAAUUUCCCUUGUCUUUGGCCUUAUUCCAAUCAAAAGUUCUUAGAAGCAUGAGAAGCACAACCGGACUUCUUAGGUCUAAAGGCAUUGUAUGGUUUGCUGAGGAUAGAGAAAGUCGUUUUGCUUUCCAAUGGAGUGGGGUUAAGAGGGUAGAAUGUAUGAGGGGACAGCCUUGGGAAAGUGCACCAAAAACUUGUCUUGUGUUUAUCGGCAUUCAUAAAUUUGAGCUGGAAUCUAUCAUUUUACAGCUUUCGGAAUCAGCUGAUCCUCAGACAAAGGUAUCAUCAGAGUCUGGUAUUUGCAAAGAAUUUGCCAGAACUUUUGCACAGAAGGUUGCAACUGAUGGCAGAUUUAAGGAGCCUUCUCUUCAUAAGGAGCCUCUUGUUAUAUUUGGCCUGAAAGGAUCACCAUUACGUGGAAUAAAAGAGUCUCAUCUGAAUGGAGCUCUAAUGCGUGUGGUUAAUGGUAAAGGAAGCAUCUUCCUAACUGCUACUCCUUCUGGUGAAGAGCACAAUCUGCAGAUUCUGCUUUGUGAAGAGUCAGUUGUAGAUGAUGCAUGGCAUGAAAUUCGAUUGGCUGCUAGUGCAGUGAUCUCCAAAUUAUGCAAAAACUUUUGCCCAUGCAGGUCAGAUCUUACAGCUCAUCAUGUCCAUUGAUAGUGCCGCAUUACCAACAUGAUUGGAAAAAGACUAAAGGAUUUCAAGGUUCCUUUGCUGCAAUCAGAGACCAUUUGCUUGAAGAACCUUUAUUCCUCUCAUAAGAUCUUUGAUUAUGCUGUGGCGAUCAGAUACUAUACCUUAACAACAUGAUGUUGCUUGAGCCUUCAGGAACUCCAUACGAUUAUCCCAGGCCACCAAUUGCACCCUGCAAUCAGAUUCUAUAGUUUAAAAGAAAAGUUCAUCCAGUAACUAGUCUAUACAGCUCAUCCCAGAGAAUGUGACAUUGCCAGCCUCUGAUGCGCAUGGUUUUUUGCUUGUCAGAUGCUGAAGGUUUUCUGAAUUAGCCUUGGACAUGAGUUUUUAUUAAUUGUAAAAAUAUGUACUUUGCUGAUCUUACUUGGAAAUCAUGAUGGCAGCCUUUAUGCGAGGAUGUUUAUAAGAUGAAAGGCACAACAAUUUACCGAUUCAUUUAGCCUACACUAAUAUGCUUACUGAAGGAAACAUGGUAUAUAUACUGCAUAAUACUGCACUUAGAAUUGGAAAAAUCUGUUUUCGUUGAGUUGAAUGAAGCAAAUUCCUCUGAGCAUGCUCAA